GGUGCGUUGAAAUUUUGUGAUUCUUAAAACUUUGAAAUUUUGUGACUAUGUUGUGCAUUGAAAAUUUUAUGAUUUCUUAUUAAUGACUUCUCGAAAAAUAACAGUUUUGCAUUUGUUGAGUAUGAGUCUCAUCCAUCGGUAUGCAUCUGCGCCAGAAGAAUUUUGUUGUUGGGAAAUGUUAAGCCUUUUAACAAUGGAUGAGUGUGAUCUUGAAUCUGGAGUUGCUGAUGAAAUUUCGAAGGAGAAUUCUUUUAUUAUUGAAGAAGGAAAUAUCCCAUUUGAGUACGAGAACAUCUUUGAAAAAAACAGAAAAUUACCAGUACCGAUCAUGCCUAUAGGGGAAAAAACGAAAAAUCGUGGUAUGAAGACCGAAAAUCAGCGAUUCAUUCAAAUGAUUUCUCAAAAUUUAUGCUUUUCGUUUGAUAAAAGACCAGCAAUGACAAAACCGAAGGUGGAUAUUAAGACGUGUUUAGGCGACUAAAGAGAAUAUA